UCCAUUUCUUUUUUUUUGGUAGAAUCUCCAUUUCUUUUUGAUUAGUGACAUAUUGUUCAUUAAUGGAGCGCAUUAAACCCUUAUGUAGGAUUGUGAGGUGAUUUAGUUUCAAACUAUCUAAUGGUUGUGUGGAAUUUCACUGAGCUUUUAUACCCUCUUUCUUGACAAUCAACUAACCAAUAGUAUUUUAACGAUGACUUAAUUAUCAUUAUGAAAAUGAAAUUAAUGAUACAUUUUAUAUUUUAUAUUCUUAAAUGAUGAUGGUAUUUCUCUAAAUGUUAGACCUACAUAUUCUUUCUUUAUGUAUCAUCUCGAUCGAAAGAUUGUCAAUAAAAUUAAACCGGUUGAUUGACUUAACAUAACAUAAAAAUAUAAAUAAUCAAAUAAAAACAUUCCGGCCAAUGGGUCGGGUUAUAAGCUAGUAAUAAAACAUUGCGAAUUUUUUAAUUUUUUUUGGGUUUUUAUCAAUAAAACGCUAUUUAUGUUUUCCUUAAUUUGAGGGAUUACAAAAUUAUGCAGAUAAGGUAGGAUGACAAAUAUACCAUAUUUGUGGAUAAUUGUUCGAAUUUGGCAGGGGCAUAGGGUAAAAUUCGAAUUUUGAACGAUUAUAAAAUAGAUAUGGGUAAAAUUCAAACUCGAAUCUCGCGAAUGUUGGAUGAGCAUGAUUUGCACAAUAUCCAACUCGAACCUAUUCGAUUUUAUACACAUAUGUAUUUUGUUUAAUUGACCAUUAUUUUCUCAAUAUAUUUUAUAUUUAUUAUAUAUAUAUAUAUAUAUAUAAUAUUUUCAUGAAAUUGUAUAUUGUUUUUCUUUGAUAUUGUCAUAUGAUAUUCUACCGAUUCUUGUAUGAGUAUAUGAGUAUUGUUAAUACUUAACUGUUUUGGGUAGGGUAAUGAAUAUGCACUAUCCACUUCCGACCCGACUCGUUGUAGUAUCUAGAUGAGGAGGUGUGUUUGACGAAAUAUUAUGAGUAUCAGGCACUGAUAUAGUAUUUAUAAAUUCAAUUUCCCUUACCAUAAUUAACAGAAAUGUGAUUGAAAAACAAUACUUUUGUGCUCAAACAAGAAAAGGAAAUGAAAUAUUAGUUUUUUUUUUUACCGUAAAAGGAAAUGAAAUCUUAGGGUGGGUGUGCAAUACUUCAGACAUAGUCGGCAAUUGAUCAAUGAGUCUGAUCGAGCCGAUGCUUAAUUUGACGUGAUUUCAAAUUUCUGUCCGAUUCUAUUUGGUUGGAUUCAUUCCAGUUAAAAUGUCGAAGUAAUUAAAGCUAAUUAAAAUUAGCCGAAAUCAAUCAAAUCAAAUCAUAUGCAUGCAUCUCCCCUUUAACUAAGGGGGAAAAAAUACAUUUUAUUACACUGUUGAACCGGUCAAAUACCCAAAUGGAUUUGAUUUCUGACCAAACCGGGCCGUGGACCAUAGAGUGGAUUCGUCGCGUGGGAAAAAGACCGCGGGAAACCCGCGCAAUCAAGGCUAAAGUGCGCCACCCACCCACCAUGACGCCGCCUCCAUUCUCCCGCUACAAUACGCCAAGAAACAAAUUUCAAAAAGUCUCCAUCUUUAUCCGCUUUUUCUUCUUCUUCACCUCCCCCAUUUGCUUUCCUUUCCAUUUUUAUUUCAAAAAACCCCCCAAACUGAGAGCUGGGUUUUGUGGCGAGUGAGCUAGCACCGAAACGAUGAUGGAGUGGCGGCAGCAGCAGCCGGUCGACGCCGGCGUCGAUCAUCGUCAGACCCAGCUGGGAAGCGGAGGAGGGAUUCACAACAAUGCGGCGGCGCAGGCGCUGAUUGGAAGUGGGUUUGGUGUUAAAGUGAUGACUGACGAACAAAUGGAGAUUCUUCGGAAGCAAAUCUCCGUUUACGCCACGAUUUGCGAGCGGCUCGUCGAGAUGCACACAUCCUUCGCCCUCAAUCGCCCUGAAUUUUCCGGGAAUGCUUAUGGCGACCCUUUAUCAUCCUGCGGUCCAUCCAGGAUUCCUUCAAGGCAAAGAUGGGCGCCAAAGCAGGCACAACUGCAAAUCCUCGAGCGCAUCUUUGCGCAGUGCAAUGCAAAUCCAAGCAAAGAAAAGAUCAAGGAGAUCACCGCUGAGCUGUCCAAGUACGGUCAAGUUAAAGAAGCCAGCGUCUACAACUGGUUUCAGAACAGGAGGGCUCGCUGCAAGAGGAAGCAAUCAUCAGCUCCAGGAGCGCCGCAAGCUGUUAACUUUGAUGUUGAAGCAGAGCUGGAUGCUGGUGCCAAGGAGAAGGAGAAGGAGAAACCAGCAGAAGAUGAGAACGAGAAUGAAAACGAGCAGCUUAUCGUCGAUCAGCUCUACUUCCACAGUCCAGAGAUUGGGAUUGACCAACUGAUUGGCAAAUUGGAGGUGUGUGAAGGGUACAAUUUAUAUUGGCAGAACCAGCAAAAUGGCUUCUCCUGAUGAUUGCUUCUUAUAAAGGUAGAUCUGUGACGAAGUGCUGCAGUAGACAGCUUAUCAAGUUAGACACCAUAGUUGAAAUGUAAAAUAGUUGCGAAAUAUAUAUGGUUUAGGAAAGGGGAAUUAUGUGGUAUAGGAGGAUAGUAUUAGUAAGAGAUCAGGGUAUUGUUCAGGUUAGUAAGUGUUAUGGAAUUCUUCUUGGCUUGUAAGUUGAGUGAUUGUUUGUUGCUUUAUUGGAAUCUUAUGAACUCCCUGGGGGCUGGGCUUUUCAGUUUGUUAGGAAUAUGAAUGGCAAUGGGUAGCUAUAUGCCUAUAUCCAUUAGGACAUUACUUCUAUUUGAACUUUUUUAUGGAUUGAAUUGGAAUAUGAUCAUAUUCAAUGUGGUUAUUAAAGCUACAUCCUUUGCAUUCAACAACUAUUUAAUUAUAAAUGGAUAUUCUUCAUACAAGAAAAUUUUAGUACACCAUAACAAUUAACAAGUGAUAAAAUUGUUAACAACUCCAAAAAGAGUAAAAACAAUCGGUUGGUAUACGGUCGAUCGCGUUCGAUGUUCAGUAUUGUAGUUUUGUUCUUGUCAUCACUAAUAAGGACUACAUUUUCCG